AGCAUUCAGUUAGGAUAUAACCGUGGAUCCAAUUGGAUAUCCUUGUUAACGUUCUCUUUUUUUCUCUGGGAUUGUGGAAAACGAUUGGUUGGAAAAGGGAACUAUGCUCGUAGAAUUUUUGGGAGACGUUUGGGUUGUAGGAAGUGCCCUUUUAUGGCAUGCAGAACAUUUUACAGAUCGUCGCACAUCAAUUUCCGGUUGGGUGUGUUCAGACGCUUAGUCUAGGAAGUAAAUUGGAAAUAUCUCUCCUUUUAACACAAUAAUUGUUCACGGAAUUAAUACCAAUCGAAAGAAAAUGUCCAAGUCUUUGAAGAAAAUCGUAGAGGAGAGCCGGGAGAAGAAUAUACCCGAGGUCGAUAUGUGCGACAGGGGUGUAUCAAAUAUGCUGGACAUUCCAGGGUUAUUCACACUGUCCAACAUUACCCAGCUGGUUCUGAGUCACAACAAGCUCACAACCAUUCCUGCCAACGUGGCUGACUUGAAGAACCUGGAAGUUCUCAAUGUGUUCAACAACCAGAUAGAAGAGCUGCCCACUCAGAUCAGCAGCCUGCAGAAGCUCAAACACCUCAACCUUGGCAUGAACAGGAUGAGUGCUCUGCCCCGAGGCUUCGGGUCCCUGCCUGCUCUGGAGGUGCUGGACCUGACCUACAACAACCUGAACGAGAGCUCACUGCCCGGCAACUUCUUCUACCUCACUACCCUGCGUGCACUCUAUCUCAGUGACAACGACUUUGAGAUGCUUCCUCCAGACAUCGGCAAGCUGGGCAAGCUGCAGAUUCUGAGUCUGAGGGAUAAUGACCUCAUCUCUCUGCCUAAAGAGAUAGGAGACCUGGCCCAGCUCAAAGAGCUCCACAUUCAGGGCAACCGGCUCACUGUGCUGCCCCCUGAACUGGGUAACCUGGAUCUGACUGGGCCUAAGCAGGUGUUCAAGGCUGAGAAUAACCCUUGGGUGACCCCCAUUGCAGACCAGUUCCAGCUGGGAGUCUCCCAUGUGUUUGAAUACGUCCGCUCCGAGACCUACAAGUAUCUGUACGGCCGACACAUGCAGGCCAACCCCGAGCCUCCGAAGAAGAACAACGACAAAACCAAAAAGAUCAGCCGCAAGCCCCUGGCCGCCAAAAACAAAUGAGAGAGAGAGAGGAGGAUGAGAAGGAUGAAGAGGAGGAGGAGGAGGAGCUGACUGCUUGUUUGCCCCCUUUUUAUGUAUUUAUCAGAGGAACACAGAACUACAUUUUAUACUGCUCUAUGUUCAGGAUGUCACGCUAGAGUUAAUUUUAGUCCACCAUGCAUCUUUAACUGCCACAGAGGCCGAUUUUAUUACAACACCCUUUUAAGCAGACCAAAGGACUGAUUCAGUCAACCCAUCCUCUUCAAAUCAAUUCAUAAAGCAUCUUUUAUUAACUUUUCUCAGACAGUGUGAUUUUAAACCAUCAGCAAUUUGUUUCUUAACUUAAUUUGGAAGAUAAAUCAUUUCCCAAGCCAUAUGUGUAGUGGUGAAGUCGUUACACAGGUUGACGGGCUCUGGCCCCUGUGGUCCCACAGUAACUGAAUUAGCUUGUCCUGGUGGGGGAGACUAUUGUGAAACAAUGCUAAUUUGUGUAGCUAUCUGCCGACACAAAACGCCUUGUAGAGUAACCACCAGAGAGACGGCAUUAGCUUCACCCCGCAUUUGAUUUGAUCCAGCUUACCAGAGAGCGAGCGAGACGAGGGGGUGAGGGGAGGGACGCCGGGUGAGGGAGGA